AAUUCACUGCCUCAUUUGUUUCUCUGAGCUUUAUUCUUCAGAUAAGAAGCCUGUAGUUUGAUUCUACUUUUCUUCUGGAGAUUACGAAGGAGAGUCUCCUCAGAGAUGCUGUUCUAAGUGGAGUCACACUGUCUUCCAUUUCCGUUCCCCUUCCUCCCCUCCUCCACGAGGGACAUGUGGAGUCAGAAGCUGGUGAUUAAAAGGAGAGAAAGUCUUUCAACAUCAUGGAUAAACACCAGAAGAGGAGGAUCACGUUCUUAACCAUCGGACUGAUAUUCCUGCUCAGCGGCAUCGAGUACGCGGUCAUUCUGCCUACAAUAUGGCGUUACCUCCAGAUCCUGGAAGCCCCGCCCUACUUCCUGGGUCUGGGCCUAUCAGCGUUCAGCCUGAGCGGGCUGCUGACGGGGCCGCUGUUUGGCCUGUGGUCGGACCGCAGCAGAGCCACAAAACACAUCAUCCUCUUCUCCAACCUCUUCGAGAUCGCCGGUAACUUCAUGUAUUUCCUGGGAUAUUCAAAAUGGUUGUUGUUAUGUAGUCGGCUUGUAGCAGGUGUGGGUGCGGGGGCCGGGUCCUCCAUCUUUGGAUUCAUAACGCGUUGCACGCAAGCAGACGAGCGUGCCAGUGUCUUUGCCGCCAUCAUGGCCUUUCGCCAGGCCGGUCUACUAAUUGGCCCGGCGUUCAACAUGUUCCUACGACUGUGUGACUUCAAGCUGGGCCCGUUUGUUGUGGACAAGUACACCUCUCCCGGGAUCUUCAUGUGUGUGCUGUGGACUCUGCUCCAGUUCGUGGUGCUUGCCUUCUACUGGGACGUACCAUCUGCAGACUCAGCGGAGGGGGGUCCAUUACAGGAGGAGGUGGUGCUGUUGGAGAUGAACGAGGAGGAGUUGCCCCUGGUGGCCGCCGAGGAGGAUUCUGUGCACCGCUACCUCGCCGUCCACUCGGACUACCGGCCCCAGCCUGUCCGCUGCCCCUCCAAGGACCACGACCCAGAUCCCCCCACCAGCCCGGGCGCCGGCAGCGAGUUCCUGCGAGAGGAGGUGGUGGUUCUGCUCACGGCUCAGUUCAUUACGCUGUUCAACCAAACCGCACUGGAGACAAUGGUGACCCCGAUGACACAGCGGUACUUUGGCUUCACGGAGCUGGGCAACAGUCUGAUGUACGGUGCGUGCGGCGUGGAGGUGAUCCUGGGCUUCCUCCUGGUCCGCUGGCUGAGCAGCCGCGUGGCGGACCGCGUGGUGCUGGCCGUCGGCCUGGCGAUCUGUGGCGUGGCCUGCGUCUGGUGCCUCAUCUUUCUCACCGACCUGCGAGGCGGGUACGAGUGGGAGCUGACAGCAUUCAUCAUCGGCGUGUUCCUGCAGUUGCUGGGGCUUCCUUUCGUGGCCGUGUCUCAGGUGUCCCUCUUCUCCAAAGUCACCGCUGAAAAAACACAAGUAUGGAAGGGAAGAUUUGGAGGUACCUGGUCAGGCCUUGGUCAGCCUACAAAUCCCAGAUGUGGAGACUGCAGGGAUACCUCACAGAGAGGACACUAAAGAGCCAUCUCAUUCAUCGAGUGGACUCAUUGGUUUGCGAAUGACCACAAAGAUGCUCCCAUGGGCAGAUUGCUGCAUGGCAUUUGCCACUUAUUCAAAUUGUAGAGGUUGAAGCUGUCUUCAUUGUGGUCACUUGCCAUAACACUGUCAUGGGUUUUUAUCAAAACAACAUCAGUAACAUUUAAAUUGAGUUGAUGUGGACGGCUCUUUUUUUGUCUGAUUUUUUCAGUGUUCAGUGCCUGUUUGUGAGAUAUGCAUUGUUUGAAAGAUAAGCCUUUGAUUUUGUUUAAUUUUAAUAUGCCUUUCAUCAACAGUGGUUUGGGGUUUUAUAACAACAAUUAAAGUGCUUAACUACUGGUGAACGACGUUGCAGAACAUAUAUGGUACAAGUUUGUGUUAAUUGCAUGGAAAAGGGAAUAACCAGUUAUAACUUAUAUGGUAAGAGCCUGGAAUACCAUGGAAACAAACAAGGCUUCCUUUUACACUACAGUUUCAGCUUACU